UUUAUAACCGGCCUUAAUAUGUUGACUUGUAAUUGCAGUCGCUUGCAGAAAUGUAUAUCCUGUUUUGAUUUUCACGAGCCUAACUUUUAUUUUUAUUGUUAUUUGGCUGAAGGAACAAUCCGUGGGUACAGGUUCCGUAGUCUUCGGCUAUUCACGUUCAAGCGCAAAGUUGCUGACGAUUCUUGCGGAGAUCUUGGUGUUCGCCUCCGCGUCUUGCAGAAGGCAGGUCUUUCCAUCGGCAGUCAGUGGAUGCAUAAACCUUACGGUCUACAUGGGAUAAACCUGUAACCUCCACCGGAAUGAAUGGUAGGCUAUUUCAUAUCGCUGAUGUUUCAUUACAACAUUCUCCUGAAUUUGAAUGUGUUUAGAAACUUGCCAAAUUGACAUCUAAUUUUGAUUUAAUUUUGGGCUAUGACGCUUCUAUCGGUGUUCCACUCCGGACAACUCAUCGACAGACAGUCACAGGACAAGAUAAAAGGGGCAUUUUGUUAUAAGGGAUCCUGUCAAUCAUAAUCUUUUGGAUUUUCCUCCACUAAUUUACCGCGCAAGAUGGAUGCCAGCGACGGGCUAUCAGAACACCACAUGAAUAAGUAUUCACCCAUUUGAACGCCACCUUAAAAGUGGGAAUAAAGAGGGGGACACGUCGAGACGGGGCUGCGGUCGGGAAAGGGAAUGAAGAAGCUCUCCGCAGGUGGAGGAGCGUCACUCUGCUGUCUGCUGCUCCUGUGGGUCAUCCACUCCCAUCGCCUGAGAGAGGGCCAGUUGGCUGUGGGCACCUGUGAGAUUGUGAUGCUCAACAGGGACAGCAGCGUGCCCAGAUGCACCAUCGCCCGUCAGACUGCCCGCUGUGCCUGCAGGAGAGGCCAGAUCGCUGGCACCACGAAGGCCAGGCCAGCCUGCGUCGACGUGCGUAUCGUAAGGAGUAGACAGUGGUGUGAGAUGGCACCCUGCUUGGAGGGAGAGAUGUGUGGCAUCCUCUUCAACCGCUCUGGUUGGACCUGUACCAAAGGUAGUGGCCACAUCAAGACAGUCACGCCUUUGCCUAAGGAACCAUCGUAAGGAUUUUUGAACACAGUGGGUAGGUUUUUUUGUGCCAAUCAUGGCAGAAGGGGAACAGAGGGCAAUCACCAGGCAAACACAUUUUGUGUCGAUUCGCCAAUUUUUUUCUCAAACCACUACACACCCCCACUCCAAAAAUCAGAGGAGCCCUACUAUGUGACAGUGCACAGAUGUCCGUACUAGUCAAUGAAAGCAACACACCACAGCAUCAUCACCGGGACCCACAUGCCACGUCACAGACUGAAAUACAAAACCUACUGUAUAUAGCCUGGGUUGUUUCCGCACGGCAAGCAGGAUAUCAUUGGGAGUCUAUGCAUGUGUGAGGAACCAAUCAUUUUUCUACCUAUCCCUAUGGAAAAAAAUCUGAAAGCGUGUGUGUGUGUGUGUGUGUGUGUGUGUGUGUGUGUGUGUGUGUGUGUGUGUGUGUGUGUGUGUGUGUGUGUGUGUGUGUGUGUGUGUGUGUGUGUGUGUGUGUGUGUGUGUGUGUGUGUGUGUGUGUGUGUGUGUGUGUGUGUGCGUGUGUUUGUGCGUGCGUGCACCUCGUGAUAUACAUUGGGAACAAGUUGACAUAAUCUUGUUCUUAAGUGUGACACAUCCAGUAUUGUACUUCUGUCAAGAACUUUGUCACUUUACCUGAAGCUCACUUUCUUGUAAACUUGUAUAAAUCAUGAUUUAGGGGAUAAUCAUGGAUUUAAAGCAUCAUUAUAACAGAAUCAUAUCUUUUCAAUACAUAAAUAGAAAUAGAAAGAUCUAUGUCACACAAGUUAAAAACAGUAAGUAUGUCUGUCAAUGUGUAGUAUCUAUUCAUUAUUUCAAAGUUAUGGUUUGAAUUGCCUAUGUUUUAAUAUGAAGCACAUUGCAAGUGGCAUACUCCAUACGACAUCAAAGUGCUGUUGUUUAUAUUGGAUAUAAUGUGUACAUUCACUGUGUAUCCUGUUCCGUGAACAUUAUCAACUUGAAUUUAUGUUACAAGAAUAUAAGAGAGCAUCACAGAAAGAGUGAGAUCAUAAGGAUGUUGUAAACAUAUCACCCGAAAUGUAGUUAUUUUCCUUCGAAACACAUGAGGAUAAAAAGACAGCCUCUCAUCCCUGGGGCUAAUGUGUGUGUGUGUGUGUGUGUGUGUGUGUGUGUGUGUGUGUGUGUGUGUGUGUGUGUGUGUGUGUGUGUGUGUGUGUGUGUGUGUGUGUGUGUGUGUGUGUGUGUGUGUGUGUGUGUGUGUGUGUGUAUUUGUGAAUGUAGUCAUGUGUGCUUGAUGCUUGAUUCACAGUGACAACGUUUACAUGUGCACAGUAUUCCAGAUAGUAGCUCAUAUCCCAGUUUAGGUCUUAUUCAGGAUAAGAUGUUUACAUGGCCCUUUGAUAUUCCACUCACGAGUAUCCCUUUAUCCAUGAAUAAACGAAAUAUUCAGAAUUUGCCCGUGGAUGGCGGAAUGAUUUUUUUGACAGGGGCUGCGGGAUUUUUUUGUUGUUGCCUCACUCAGAUAAAAAUAAAUAA